AUGUCGUGGAGGGAAACGCGUAAUUUUUCGGAAAUGAUGAGGGCUUUGGGCUAUCCACGUCUGAUAUCCAUCGAAAAUUUUCGCUCGCCCAAUUUUAUGCUUCUUGCAGAAAUAUUAAAAUGGCUAGCCCUUCGUUUCGACGCGAAUGCAGACAUACCUCGUUGUCUUGAGACCGAACAAGACAGAGUUCUUUUUAUAAAAAUGAUUGUGCACUUCAUGGCUACGAAGGCGUUUGUUAAACUGAACGUUAAGCGUCUUUACAGAGCUGAUGGUUAUGCUGUUAAGGAGGUGUUAAAAAUAGUAAAUAUACUUUAUUCGGCGUUGGAUGGCUAUCAAAAACAAGAAGAAGAUGAAACUGCUGAAAUUAACGUCUCCGAAAUUUUAAAUGUGGCUAGAGUGAAACAACUGCAGCAAGCCCGUUCCCUUGCCAGCCAGUUAACCAGCACCGGGGCCACUUUGCAUGCCUACCUAGCAAAAGAAGUGGACUUGCGUGAGGCAAGAAAUCAAGCAGCCAAUCGUCAACUGGACAGCGAAUGGGUGGAGGAGUGUCUGGCAGCCGCGCGGGAUAGUCUGCGUGAGGAAAUCCGGCAGGCAGAACAGGCUCUCAUUAAUGUUGCGGCUGACGAGGCCGCACUUGACAGUAAAAUUGAGAAACGAAGAAAUGAAUUGGAAAGAAAUCAGAAACGGCUCUCCACCCUUCAGUCCGUCCGACCAGCAUACAUAGAAGAGUACGAACAGUUGGAAGAAGAGCUCACGACGCUCUAUUCAAUUUAUUUGACUCGGUUCAGAAACCUGGUGUACCUAGAGAACCUGAAGGAAGAAAUGAUGCUGGCCGACGAGAACCGCAUGCCAGAGGAGGAUUUGGCUUCAAAAUCUGUAGUUGAGGAUCUGCGAAAUAUUGCUGAGGUAAGUAUCAUCAUGUAA